AUGCUAACACUACUACAGGGAAGUGUCAACAGGCAAAUCUCGCGCUUCGAAGUCACAGCGGUUUACACCCAUCCCCAGGCCACUGCGGACAUCGUCCUGGUUCACGGCCUCAACGGCCACCCAGAGAAGACAUGGACGGCUGCCAACGGCGUGUUCUGGCCCGCGGACUUGCUCCCAGCGUCGCUGGAGCUCAAGAACCAGCAUGCCAACGUCCUGGUUUACGGCUACAAUGCCGAUGUCUACUCAAGAGGCACCAACACCCCCAGCAACAACUUCAUCCACCAGCACGCGCAGUCUCUCGUCACCUCACUCACAUCUUUCCGCAAGAGUGAAGGGACCGAAAGACUGCCCAUCAUAUGGGUGGUGCACAGUCUGGGUGGUAUAGUAACCAAAAGGGCACUACUAUACUCGAACGAUAUCCGGGCCCAUCAACAAGAAGACCUCCGCUCAGUCUUCGUCUCGACCUACGCCAUCAUUUUCCUCGGCACUCCUCACCAAGGCUCGGACCUGGCCACCUGGGGCCGCAUGCUCCAAGCCAUGUCGGACGCCGUCAUCCCCCGGCGCUUCUUCGAGACCGAGUCCGUCUUGCUCAAGUCACUCAAGAGGGACAACGAGACCUUGCAGGGAAUCAACAACCACUUCCUUGACAUUUACCAGCGGUUCAAGAUCCACAUGGUGCACGAAAACCAUACUACGGACUUGAGAGGUACCAAGGCGCUGGUGGUGGAUGCGAACUCGGCUAGUCCGCAGUUGCAGGGCGUGAUUUAUUAUGGCAUUGAGGCGACACAUUCGGGCAUGUGCAAGUUUGAUGGGCAGAAUGCGCCUGGAUACAGGAAUGUGUCGACGGCUAUCACCGAGUGGGUGGCGGUGGCUAGGACGGUGAUUGAUAUACGUUGGGAGGCCGAGGAGGAGGAACGGAAGAAACGAGCGGCGGAUGAGUACUAUGAGAGGAGUGUGCAGGCUAUGCAGUCUUAUCGACGCUCGCAUUCGCCGGGUUACAGCAACCAACAGUUUCCCUCCAUUGGUAGGUUCCGCAGAUCACCCUCGCCUUGUUAUGGCCAUGACCAUGACUGCGGCUACGGCCGUAAUGAGACUCUUCUGCUACAACAUCGUCCUCACGGUCACCAAAGACCUCCCGAACUCUUACCGCCACUACCGUCGUCUCCUUCCAGAUCCGCGUUGUCCACGCGCGAACCAACUUUGGUGUUGGAGCCAGGCGUCAUUAGCCCCAGCCAACCCGUUGACGAGAGAAAUGAACCCGUCACCACCUCGACAACCGACAUUCAACCACAACCACAACCACCCCAGACGCCACCACCAAACCCAUCUACACAAAUAACCCACCGUCACUCCCAAACCCAGACCUCCUCCCCCGAACAACAUCAAUUCCAACAACUCCAACAACCAGAACCCCUCUUCAUACACCCCGACUCCUUCCGGCCCAACUCCUUCUUCAUAGGCCGCGAAGACGAACUCCGCGGUCUCCAUGAAAUGCUCCAAGACCGCCGUCGCCGCCUCCAAGGCACUUCGGCCGUGCUAAUCCAAUGUCUCCCCGGCGGCGGCAAGACGCACCUCGCGCGUGAAUACGUCUACCGCUACCGCCAACACUACCCGGGGGGAGUGUACUGGGUGCGCGCUAAGAGUAGGGGGGAGGUGGAGAGUGGGUUUUGGAGGAUUGCUAGGAUGGAGAUUAUGCGUGCUUCAUCCGAGUUGGGUUCGGGGUUGGAAAACAACAACAGCCUGAGCCUGAGAGAAGAUCCCAAGACCAUGGUGUCUGUGGUUAAACAGUGGUUCAAUUCCCGGCAGGAGUGGUUGUUGGUGCUAGAUGGGAUUCAGUUCGACAUACCCGGCCUGUCGGAAUUCAUCCCGGAUGCACGGCAUACCAGCAUCAUUUAUACCAGCACCGAGAGGGCCGUCACGGGCGAUCCGCGGUUUGAUAAUCCGCAGGUUAUGGAGUUGGGACUGUUGACGCCGCAACAAGCCGUCCAACUCUUACUAACUGAACUCGACCGGGCUCCAGCCCCUUCAUCUUCCAACCCCAGCAGUACCGGAAAGGGGGCAACGGCAAAAUGGGGAGGAUGGCAAAACGAGGAAGAAUCCCGCCGCGCUUUGGAGUUAGUGAACCUCAUGGGCCGUCUACCACUCAUGAUCCACGUCGCUGCGCAGCACCUGAAAGCGACGAGAGAGCCGUUGGCAAGGUAUCUGGCGGGCUGGAGGGCAAGGAAGCCUGGUUUUGGACAGGUGGCCAAUUUGCAUGCGUAUAAGAAGGUGAGGGAGCAGCUGGAUGCGAGGGGGAACCAGGCGGCGCUGAAUUUGAUGAUGGGCGUGUUGGUGUGGUGGGAGCAGUUGGUUCCUGUGGAGAUGGUUGUUUUUGGCCUCCCAGCCCUAUCCCGCGACACCCCCGUCAAAACCUGCGAUGCGUCCCAUAGGAAGACGACGCUUAACAACACCCUCAAAGUGCUCAUCAAAUUCGCCCUCAUCGAACGCACUACCGAAUCUGACGACAGUGUCACCCCGCUCACUCGUAGCCCCAGCGCCGCCAGCUCUCAAAAAUCCCAUCAAAGUCGCGUCCUCGACACUGCCGGGAACUACCACCGCUACGACUCAUCCGAUUCUCUCGACCUGCUGAGGAUUCACUCGGUCAUUCAGGCCUUCUUCAUCGAGACGCUGGCUGAAGAAAAAACAGCGGUGAGCUGGAUCGAGAGGGCGGCCGCGGUUUGGUGUAGGAGUUUUGAUGAGGCGCAUAGGCGUAUGCGUAUUACUCAAGACCAAGUGGACAACAUUGAUAUUCCGGCUUCGGUUUCGGGUCCGCGCGUGGGAGUCCCGGAUGAUUAUAGACGGUAUUGCAUCCAUGGACAGAAACUGCUGCAGAAUCUUGAGAGGUUUGGGAACGAGAAGAGAGACCCUGACAGGAGGUUGGAGAAGUGGAAGGGAGCGGUGAGACUGAGGGUGGAGGAGGCCGGGAGGGGCGUGGAGGAGUUGAGCCGGUUGGAGAGGUUGGGGAGGGUCACACAUACAGCCACUGCUGGUGGUGGUGAUGAAGAUUGGAGCGGACAAGAGGGGCAAGGAGGCUCGAGACAAUGGGGUCAGCACGUGGAAGUGGUGAGUGUGUUUGAUCGGAAUGGUGGAAGUCAGGGGGGUAGUAGUAUGUCCGAAACGGAUUCGACGGCUACAACUGCGCCAAGUCACCAUGAGAGUCAAGAAGAAGGCCAUGUUGGCCCGGGGAGUUGGGAGAGUGCGUUCGGAGGCGCCGAGCUGGAUGAGGGGUUCACGCCGAUGGAGUCACCGAGUAGUUACUAUCAUUCGACUUCGGGAGGUCGUCAGAGACCGUCGGGCUUGACGAUGACCAUGACGGGUCAGAUGGCUCCAGGUCCAUUUCCCUGGAGAGAGAUGAUGGAAGUCACCGCACCGUACCCAACGGAGGGAGUCAUGCCGCCGACUCCAGGACUAGACAACAAAAUCAGGGGCGUGCUGGAAGAUGAUGAGGGAACUGUGGUCCCACCCCCCGUUGCUGCGUCAACCUACCAUGAACCUGCUAUCGACGAACCUGUCAACGAACAAGAACAACCCCUCGACGAACUCGACCAAGCAGCUAUCACACCUAUCGUGGAAACGCCCAGUGUCUACACAGCCCUAGACGGCUUGGAGAUUCCCACGCCCGCUCUCGAAACCGGCCUCUUUGAAGAGUGGAACGCCGUCAUUCCCAACCACCGCGUCAUCAAGAAGCAAGAGUCCCGUCGGUACCGCGACCGGGCUGGAUCCUGGAGAGACGUCAGAACCGUCGGCGAUCCCAGAGUAGGAGUCACACUGGAUGUGGCGGUGGGAUCGUUGGCUGGGAAGCCCACCGCGACGGGUGCGGGUGCGUCCAUGUCAGGUGUUGUGCCGGUGUGGCCGCCCCAUAUGUCUAAAACGAGGAAGGUGACGGCUCAGACGCAGAGUGAGGCACAACUGGAACUUAAUAAGAUUCGGCAGAAGGCGGCGGGUACGCAGGCUGUUGUUCAGGCUCAGGCACAGGCACAGGCUCAGGCACAGGCACAGGCACAGGCUCAGGCUCAGGCACAGGCUCAAGCAGUCAAUGAGGGAGUGUCUGGAGGGCUGCAGCUGGGUGAUAGCUUGACGCUGCCGAUGCCGCCUAGGAAGACCAGUGGUGGAGGAUUGUCCACCACCGCCAACGACCUUUCUCCUCCUACGCCAUCAUCAAGUGGGAUACUUUCUCCGAGUGGGUGGUUGAAGAGGUUGAGAGAGGGCUUUGGCUCGAGUGUGCAGAGUGUACCGACGGCGUUUGGUUCGGCAUCGCCGAACAUGCUACAGGGUCAACAACGGCUUUCUCAGUCAGCGCCGCAGGAGGAUGAACUCAUGAUUGUUCCUGGUCCCAUCUUCAGAGGAAGUCGCACGUCCCGCUCGAGUCCGGCGAACCAUACCUCGUCACCAUUCCCACCGCCUUCAUUUGCUGCAACCGCGGAUUUGGAGGAAUCUACAGUGCGUCCCUCUAGAGCCGCCCAUGGGUUCUCCGAGCCUCCUAGUCAAGCUGGCUGGGACCAAGACACGGAUUACCUCUCGUCUUCGCAGCCCGUUGGUUCUUUGCCACAAUGGGAUCGUGUUCUAAGAUAUACCACUCUUGGACAGGAGCUUAACAUACCGUCGAAUGCACCGUCGCCACUUCAUCCUGUUACCGGAGUUCCGUGUCACACGGUUGCGACCCGACCAGGUCCCUCGCCGCUGAUGGUUCCUGGCACGGUCCCGGGACAAGCGCCGACGGGAUACACUUCUCAGCCCAUGUCAAGAGAUCCGUCACAUCAGUCGUCUGCAUCGGGGAUGGUACAAUCAUCUGGUGGAACAAGCAAUCACAGUCCGAGUCCAUUGUCGUUGUCUGUGCAGAGUGCUGAUGUGUUCUCGUCUUCGGCUCAGAUGGUAGCGGGGGUAUCGAAGCCUAGGCCGAUUAUUAAUUCUGGGAAGGUGGUUGCUGGAAGUUCUUCACUGAUGAACAACAGCAGCAGCCCCGCUGUUUCCGGCACCAAUGUUAAUCUCGGUAACAGGCCUUCACAUAUGCAGCUACAAAUGCCCUUGAUGCCAAUCAACAUCAACGCUCCCGGGUCAGGCGCAGGUCGACUAUCCUCUCAGAAGAUUGUACAACAACAGCAGCAGCAGCAACACCGACCAGCAUCGUAUACAGAAACGGAACCCUCCCCUAGAACUAGGAUAGAGAGUGUAUUCCCAGGUGUUGACACGAGUUAUUCGCGGUGGCAGGAGCAGAACCAGAUGCAUGUCCCUGACCAUCAUCAGCAACAAAGUGCUUCCAGCUCUUCCUACACACAAUCUCCCACUGCAGGCGGCCAUGCCUAUCAAAAGUCAGCAACGGCAUCCAUUGGUCUCGGGGCCCGGACGGCACCCAACGCCGGCAAAACAUCUUCUUCAGCCCCUCCUCAUCCGCAACCAGCACCCGCUAUCCUCUGGCGGAAUCUGGGUAGGGGAGUGGGACUCACGAGACGCAGGACAAAGGAACGAAUCCAGAAUGUUCUUGGUAGUUACGGUAAUACAGGAAGAUCGGGGUCGCAAUCCGUGAGCUCGUUGCCGUCUUUUGGCUUCCCGACCGGAUCUGGAUCUGGGUCAAGACGGGGAAGUGGACAGCUGAUUGGGUCGGGGCAAGGGCAACAACAGCAACAGCAUCCGUUGGCGAGUUCGGUUACUUCAAGCGGUGUUGCGGGAAGUUCGGACCUGAUGUCGUCUACGAUAUCUAACAUGGGAGGACAGUUUCCUGGCACACCAUUUCCCUUGUCUGGUGUUUCUGCACCUGCGGAACGGCCUAGUAUUGGUUCGUUGUCUGCGGUGGUCAGUUCAACCGUCACUGGCACCCCAGCGCCUGGAACAAUCUUCUCGUUACAAAGUCAAGAACAGCACAGAUCCUCCUUCCCAGCUAUCGGAACGGGAAUAGGAACGGGAGCCGGAGCCGGGGCAGGAGCUGGCAUUCUGCUUAGUGACGGCACCAUCUUCCAGUUUCCUAGCAGCAGCAGCGGUGUUACUUCAUCGCUGACUCCCACGACCAACAUCAGCACUGGUUCUACUCCUAUGGUUGAACAUGCGGUGCCAGAAGCAAAUAUCGACAUGGGUGUCUUCCACGCUAUGGAAGAAGACUUCAACAAUGAUCUACAUGGGUUUCCGCCGCCUGGAUCACCGGUUGCAAGUGGUUUGGCUUGGGAACAUGGUGUGCAUCAGCAGCAGCAGCAGCAGUCAAGUGCAAGACCGAUGGCCAUGCCUAUUCAAGGAGGAGGAGCGAUGAAUACCGGGCUUGGAACGACGCCUAGCAGUGGCAGUGUAGGAGCGCCGUCUAUGCCGCCCACGCCGCCGACCGCUUUUACGGGUCUGGGAGUUGCGAGGAGGAAGAGAAUCGUUCAGCAGCCAUCAACUUCGGGUUCUUCGCCUGGCUUGCAGUCGCCGAAUAUCAAUCCCAAUCCGAAUACUCCGCCUUUGCAUGCCUCAUUGCCUAUGUUACCUUCUGGGUCGCCGUUGACUUCGGUGUCGAUGCUGCCUCAAGGCGCGGUUAACCCACCUUUUCCCUCUUCUGCCAGACCCGUCAUCGCGAACCACAAUGUUGGUACCGGUACCUCCAGCCCGGCCACCAACGUCAGAGGAUCAAGGAUAAGGACACGAACUAGAAGCGGAAGUAGUCCUGGACCUUGGAGACCGUCUUCGGCAGUGUCAUCGGUGUCUAUGGCCUCAUUAUAUAGGCCUUGGGGCCAUGGACAUGGACAUGGGGCGGGUGAAGCUGGUUCUGGUUCGCUGUCGAGGUCGGACAGUCCGGGUUUGGCAAAGGUUGAUGGAGGGAGGUGGAGUCCUAGGAUGGUUCAGCAGACUCAGCACGCUCAGCAGGGGAAGGAGAGAGAGAGGAGUGGUGACGAGGGUGCAGAUGCUGGUAGUGGUGGUGGAGGUGGUAGUGGUAGUGGGACGGGAUUAGGGAUUUUGCCACUGUGA